CGUUUCCGGCGGGCUGUUGGGCAGCCGGAUAUCCGGUCCCGGGGAGCGCCAUGGCCGGGGAGCAGCCGCCGCCGCUGCGGCUCCUGGGUCUCCAUGGUUACCGCCAGAGCCAGCGCAGCUUCCACGAGCGGACCGGGGCGCUGCGCAAAGCGCUGCGGGGCCGCGCGGAGCUGGUGAUCGUGAGCGCGCCGCACCCGGCGGCGGGGCCCGGGCCGGGGCCCGAGCACGGAGCCCGGCCCGAGGCCCAGCCCCGCGCCUGGUGGUUCUCGCGGCCCCGCGAGGAGACGUUCGAGGCGCUGGAGGAGGCGGCCGCCGGCGGCGGGCUGGAGGCGGCGCUGGCGGCGGUGGCCCGGGCCUUCGCGGAGCAGGGGCCCUUCGACGGGCUGCUGGGCUUCAGCCAGGGCGCGGCGCGCGGCGACACGCGCUUCCCCUGCCGCUUCGCCAUCCUGAUCGCCGGCUUCAGGAGCCGGGCCGCCCCGCACCGCGGCUACUACCGGGAGCCCAUCGCCCUGCCCUCGCUGCACGUCCUGGGGGACACGGACCGGGUCAUCGCCCCCGCGCUGAGCAGAGAGCUGGCUUCCCACUUCGUGGAGCCCGUCCUCCUGAGCCACCCCGGGGGGCACUUCGUCCCCGCCGCCGCGCCCCAGCGGAGCGCCUACCUCGAGUUCCUGGCCAGGUUUCGGGAAUGAGAGCGGAGGGACCUGCCCUGGGUGUGGAGGGGAGGAGGCUGAAGGCGCUGGGUUUACUUAGAUGCCCCAAGAGGAAGUUGGGUGAUGUGAUCACUGCCCAGGAGCACCUUCGGGGGGGACGAUUUCUGACAGGCAGAGGCCUCUUUAGUCUAGCAGACAAACGAUCAUAAGAUCCAGUGAUUGGAAGCUGAAGCCAGAUCAAUUCAGACUAGAUAUAAGGCACAAAUUUUUAACACGGUAACAACCAUUGGACCGUUUUACCUCGGGUUGUGGUGGAUUCUCUGGCACGUGGACUCUAAAUCAAUACUAGAUGGCUUUGUAAAAGAUACUCUUGAAGUUACGGGUUUGAUACAGGAAUCACUGAGUGAAAUUAAAUGUUUUGUGUUCUACUGGAGGACAAACUAAAUGAUCAUACUAUUUCUGGUGUUAAAAAUCUACAACUCUUAUCAUAGGUCAGAAGAUGUGAAGCCAGGUGGAGUUUUGUCAUAGGAGAUGGAUAUUUGGUGAUAUGAUCUAUAGUCAAUGGAACUCCAGUUGAGCUGUCGUCCGUGUGUCUGCGUAGGUUCCAAAGGUCCCUAUGUUCUCCUGCCACCUGGAUGGGCUGAGGACAGGGCAUUUGCUGCCUCACUUCAGAUCCAGAAUUUCUUUGGUGAAAUAACUCAGGAGAAUAUUAAACCCUCCCUGCCUUCGCUCUCUA